UUUAUAUGUGUACAGUAAAAAUCGUUUAUUUUGAUUGUAAAAGCUUUAAGGUUUUCUCUUUUUCAGCACAGACCGACUAGGUUUUGAUGAAUUUUAUUUAAUUUAUUUAUACAUUUUGAAAGGAUGAAACUUGGUUAUUCGAAAUAGAUAUUUAUAUAGAUGUGAUAUAUCAAAGACAUGUCUUCUUUUAUUCUGUCGAAGUGGAAAUCUAGAGACUGAGAAGAGAAUCCCUUUGAUUGUUUUCAUUUCCCUCCACAUAUUUCCAAAUUCCAUUCUUUUCUUACCGAACCCUAAGAAAAAUAAAUAUACAAACUUUUAUAUGCCUCUGUCCCCCUUUACAGUGAUCGAUUCUAGGCUGAUGAUGGUUCUGGAACCUUCAUGAAUAUUCCUUGCAUGGUAUUCUCUUUUCUCUCCAACCAACAACGGCUUUAUCAUGCUUGAGCUGUGUAGCAGAGCUCGCAGAAAUUGGAUACCUAAUAUUAGUCCUGAACCACUACCCAACCCGACUACACACCUUGAGUAUCAUCAUCAACAAGAACAGCUACAGACUCAGCUAACUGUAAAGGGUCAUCAGGGGAGAAGGCCUGCGGUGAACGAAAGGAAGUAAGAAGAGUAAGGAGGGAAAAGACGCGAUCGGUGUUGAAAGGAGGUCGUUUAAGGUCGAAGAAGAGAAAAGAGUUGGUGAGAGAGGUAUGGACGAGUUCGAAAGUGGUGGUCGCAGUGGCGAUAAGGGAGUUGUGGCGGCUGAGGAUGACGGAAGCAAUGCUCCGAUUCCUGAGAAGAUCCAGGUUGGUGGUUCUCCAUUAUACAAAGUAGAAAGAAAAUUAGGGAAAGGAGGCUUUGGACAAGUUUAUGUCGGUAGGCGUGCUACCCCUAUAAAUAUAAAUGAAAGAACUGGCCCCGGAGCAUUAGAGGUUGCGUUGAAAUUCGAGCACAGAACCAGUAAAGGAUGUAACUAUGGACCACCAUACGAAUGGCAAGUUUACAAUGCACUUGGAGGUAGUCAUGGGGUGCCUAGAGUUCAUUAUAAGGGUCGACAGGGUGACUAUUUUGUCAUGGUUAUGGAUAUGCUUGGACCUAGUUUGUGGGAUGUUUGGAAUAAUAGUUCACAUACAAUGUCAAUUGAAAUGGUGGCAUGUAUUGCUAUUGAGGCGAUAUCCAUAUUGGAAAAGAUGCAUGCUAGAGGAUAUGUACAUGGUGAUGUGAAACCUGAGAAUUUUUUGCUUGGCCCCCCUGGAACCUCUGAUGAGAAAAGGCUGUUUCUUGUUGACUUGGGAUUAGCAACUCGGUGGCGAGAUAGUGGAACAGGCCUGCAUGUUGACUAUGAUCAACGCCCAGAUGUAUUCAGGGGAACAGUUCGAUAUGCUAGUGUGCAUGCUCAUCUAGGUAGAACUGGUAGUAGGAGAGAUGAUUUGGAAUCUCUUGCUUACACACUUGUAUUUCUUCUUCGAGGACGCUUGCCUUGGCAAGGAUAUCAGGGGGAUAAUAAGGGAUUUCUUGUUUGUAAGAAGAAGAUGGCUACUUCUCCAGAAGCUCUAUGUUGUUUUUGCCCUCAACCUUUUCGACAUUUUGUGGAGUAUGUGGUGAAUUUGAAGUUCGACGAAGAACCCAACUAUGCAAAAUAUAUCUCUCUUUUUGAUGGAAUUAUUGGCCCUAAUCCUGAUAUUAGGCCAAUAAAUACUGAAGGUGCUCAGAAGCUCAUAUGUCUGGUUGGACGUAAAAGAGGAAGAUUGUCCAUGGAAGGCGAAGAUGAGGAACAACCGAAGAAGAAGAUUCGUAUGGGAAUGCCUGCGACACAGUGGAUCAGUGUUUAUAAUGCCCGUCGUCCUAUGAAACAAAGAUAUCACUAUAAUGUUGCAGAUAUGAGGCUAUCCCAACACAUUGACAAAGGAAAUGAUGAUGGGUUGUAUAUCAGCAGUGUCUCAUCUUGUUCAAACCUUUGGGCUCUCAUUAUGGAUGCUGGAACUGGCUUCACAGAUCAAGUUUAUGCACUCUCUCCUUACUUUCUUCAUAAGGAAUGGAUCAUGGAGCAAUGGGAGAAGAAUUUCUAUAUUAGUGCAAUAGCAGGAGCUAACAAUGGUAGUUCACUAGUCAUAAUGUCGAAAGGGACUCAGUACUUACAGCAGUCAUAUAAAGUGAGUGAUACAUUUCCAUUCAAAUGGAUCAACAAGAAAUGGAGGGAGGGAUUUCAUGUUACUGCUAUGGCUGCUGCGGGAAAUAGGUGGGCAAUUGUUAUGUCUCGAGGUGCAGGCUUCUCGGACCAGGUUGUAGAGCUAGAUUUUCUGUAUCCUAGUGAAGGUAUUCACAGAAGAUGGGAUAGUGGCUACCGUAUCACUGCAACUGCAGCAACUUGGGAUCAGGCUGCUUUUGUUCUGAGUGUGCCAAGGAGAAAACCAAUAGAUGAGACUCAAGAGACACUCCGCACUUCUGCUUUCCCUAGUACACAUGUCAAGGACAAAUGGGGGAAGAACCUUUACAUUGCAUCUAUUUGCUAUGGUCGAACUGUCUCAUGAGCUGCCACAGUUUUUUGCAAAUUUCUGACAUACGUUUAACCUCUUGCUUUUUGUGGCACAACAGCCUGUUUUUACUCAUCUACCACUCUUCAAGAAGCAAACAUCCUCUUGUUGUGGCAAGUUAGUUUAUUGUGGCAUAUAUAGGAGUUGAUGUAUGUUAAAUUACUACUUUAUUACAACCAUCACACAGCGCAUCUCAUAUGAACAUCUGUGCACAUGCUUUCAAUUUUGGUGAAAAUCGGUGCUGUUUUAAUUUGUCAUGCCCACUGGAUGUGCCAUUUUACCUUAUGUUGAAAAGUUUGUAUAUCUUUUAACAGUAGUUUUGAUUGAAGGCAUAUGCACGGGUCAUUUUCGUUAAUGGUGGUAUUUUGGAAGGCGGCACGACUCUGAUUUGCAGUGAACUAUGGACAUUCUAGCCAUUCAGCAUGUACUUGGCUCUUUGUCCUCUUCCUCUCCCAUUUCAUGCCUUCCAUUAUUACCUUUGAAGAUGAUUCUUGGCUGUCUAGAUUUGUCCUCAAAGACAGAAAGCAUUUGUGUACUUCAAAGCAGCUGUCUGUAAUGGUUUAUCAAUUAUGUUUAUUUUAAAAGCGGUAUUGUUAGUUAUGAAUUUAUGUUCUAAUACAGUCUACUCUUUUAAUGGUGGAUGGUUUAUAUAAAAAUAAUUAAUUUAGGUAGGAUUAAUAUUGACAAAAA